GAUUGGUGGAUGAAGAGUCUUCUCAGUUAGGUGGAAACUUGAAUUGUUUGUCUAUUAGACCCAUAUUUUCCCCCAUAAAUCUCUUCUAUAUAUUAAUAUCAUAUUCAACUUUGUUGUCUGCUUUCAUCCUUUUUGAGUUUCGUCUGAUUCCCAUUUUUUUCUUGGAUGGCUUUCUCAACACACGACUUUUUGGAUAGUGACUGCUGCAGGAACGAUAAAAAGACCCAAAAGGUUUGAACCCUUUAUGGUGCUUCCUUAUAAAGAUAAUGAGAGGUAAAGGAGGAGCAUCAGGAAACUACUUUGUGUUGAAUACUGGCGCUAAAAUCCCAGCUAUAGGUCUUGGAACAUGGCAGAGCGGAGGAGACCUCUGUAUAGAAGCUAUAAAAACGGCCUUGAAGGUUGGUUACCGUCAUAUAGACUGUGCCCAUCUUUAUGGGAAUGAAAUUGAGGUUGGGGAAGCACUGGCUGAAGCUUUCAAGUAUGGGCUCAAAAGAGAGGAAGUUUUUUUGACUUCUAAGCUGUACUGUAGUUCUAAUUCUAUCAAGAGAAUUGAGAAUUCUGUUAGAGUUUCACUUCAGAACCUUAGAGUAUCGUACUUGGACCUCUAUUUGGUACAUUGGCCUGAGUGUUCGGCUUUUGGUGAUGCUACUGAUCCUCCUUGGAAGUCAGGGACAGAGUAUAAGCAAUUUUUACUCAGAUUGAAGCCAACAUGGAAAGCGAUGGAAGGUCUAGUAGAGCUGGGCCUGGUUCGAGCUAUUGGUGUUAGUAAUUUCAGUCUUCUGCAGAUAAAAGAAUUGCUCAAAUUUGCAAAGAUUGUACCAGCUGUGAAUCAGGUGGAGCUACACCCUUUUUGGAGACAAGAUGAACUUCUAAGAUUCUGUCAAUUGAAAGGGAUACAUGUCUCUGCACACACUCCUUUAGGUGUCCCUGCAUCCAGCCCUGGACCUUCAGAUGGUGGAUCAUCAGGUGCUGAAGAUGAACCUGGGACACCUCGUAUAUCAUUCAGAAGGUCAACAUCAGUACAUGGGCCCAUGUUAAAAUUGUCUGUUGUUGCAAAAAUCGCAGAACACCAUAAAAAGACACCUGAGCAGGCUAUUCUACGCUGGGGACUGCAAAGAGGAACCAGUGUGCUGCCUUGCAGCUUGAAUCGUGAAAGGAUUAGGAAAAACAUAGAUAUCUUUGAUUGGUCCCUAUCAGAUGAUGAAUGGAACCGGUUGAAUGGGAUUGAACCACAGGUAUGCCUCUUUGGAAACUGGCCUGUCAGUUCAUCUGAAAGUGGCUUCUUCUCAGCAAGUGGCGGCUUGCUCUCUGGAAGUGGUCCCCUACAAGCAGUAUAUGAAAUGGAAGAUGACAUUGACUGCAAUGCUUGACAAUAAAAUCAUCAUGAGAGAUUUUAUGAUAAAGUUCAAUGGUAUAACAGGAAUUUAUCAUGUUUUCUGCUUGUAAAAUUUUCCUUUCUCUUCCAUUGUCUCUUCGCCGAGGGAGAUUGUCAUGUAUUCCUAAGUUGGGAGAAAAUGGGAAGUGUCCUGUACCAUCUAGUUUCCUACACCCACCUCCACCCCCCCUAAAAUAUAUAUAUAUAUAUAUAUUAUACACAUUGAAGCUGAAAUGCAUAUAGAAUCUUGUAUAUUCAAUUGUCAAUCUAAAUGUGGUGGCUAAUUACACUAAAACAGUAUAGCCAAAGCUGCUUUAUGCUCUUAUUUCUUUUUUGGUUUCAAUUAACAGUCUCUAUAUGGUCACC